CCCCCCCGAGAGCGCAGGGUGGCACCUCCCUUUGGCUUCCUCGGAGGUUCUUGGGGAAAGGCUGCGCCGGCAGAGCCGCCCCUCCCACCUUCCCCGCCCGCUGCGUUACUUACAUGGCUGCAACUUGUCGGGGCGCAACUUCCCGGCUAGCCUGCGCCCCGCCCCUCGUGACGCCGCCGCGCGCCGGCCCAGCGGCCGGGCGCAGCCGGGGAGCCCUCCGCGCCGCGCGCCGCCGCCUCCCCUACACUGCCGCAGCGCGCCGCAGUCCGGCCUCCCCGCCCAGCGCGGGGAAGGCUGGCUGGCCGCCUCGUCACGUGUCCUCGGCGAUCGCCCAACAGUUCCGGUGGUGAGGAGUCCUUUCCAAAUAUCAGAGAAAUAAAGAAGUCACUUCCCCAGCUGUCAUCAUCUGCCUACACAUUGAGCAAGAAUAUUUCAAGCACUACAGAAAAGACAGUCCUUCGAACCCUAGAAGAUGAUCAGCCAUCUGAUUUUUUCAAGACAGGGAAUAGGGUGAUGAAAUCUCAUCAGAAAAGCACCAACAUGAAUGCUGGUCCAUCCUGGAAUAAAGCACAACGUUCAAAAAACCCUUCAGGAAAAAGGCAGAGUCAAUCCCAAGUGCCCCACGUGUCCUCCCAGCCUCCUGCGGACAGACUCCAGGAAGGCCGUUCCCCAGAAGGAAAACCCGAACAGAGUCUACUGGGCCCCCGGCGGCGGGGGGCCUCGGGGAACGAGCUGUUUCUGGACCUGCAGUGCAUGAAAAUCCUGAAGGAGGGUGCCGGCGAAGAGGAGGACAGCGCCAGUGACCUGUCGGACUCGGAGCGCGUGCCCAUGCCGCAGUCCGCGUGCGCGCCCCCGGAGCUGCACCUGCGGGCGGAGGAGAUUGACGCCGCGGACCCGGGCCCGGACCCAGAAGCGGACCCGCGGGGCGCCGCGCAGCCCACCUACCACUAUGCGGACUUCUUGCCCGCCCCGUUCAGCUCCUGGGACCUCCGUGACCUGGCGGUGCCACCCGGCGCCCAGCCCAGGCCCGCAGCUCGUAGUGGCGCCGCAGGGCUGCUCGCCAGGUACAUCGACAGGCUGGUCCAGCUGGAGUGGCUGCAGAUGCAGACCGUCCAGGGUGAGAAGGGGAAGGGCGCCAAAGCCAGGCCUCCCACCGCUCCUGCCAUGUCCACGUCGGGGGCUCUGAAAAGCCCCGGCAGAAGCAAGCUCAUGGCCAGCGCUCCGGCCAGGCCUCCCCAGGAGGGGGCUUGCAAGCUCGGUGCUUCCCGGAGGAAGGAACUGCUCAGGGAAGAAGCCCGGCCAUCCUAUUACGCGUUUGACACGCCCCCCAAAGCCCUUCAUGCACCGCGGGGCAGCAGGCCGAGUUCUCAGAAGCCAGCCCUCGAAGUGAGGACCGAGGAACAGAGAAAGAAAGCCAGUAAGAGCCCCAGAUCCCAGCGCUGGAACCCGCCCUGCAGUGACAGCGGUGGCCCCGGAGCUCCCACGCAGGGGGCUACCGAUCGGGACUCCGCGGACCCCGGUGGGCCCCCCAGAACGCAGGCACUCGCGAGUCUGAAGAAGAAGGGCGGUGCGAGCAGCUGUGCCCACGCCACCGUAUCCAGUGAGAAGAAACCCAAAACCAAUGGAGUAAAGCAGAGCACGUAUAAAUUCAAAUAAGAACUGAAAUGACGCAUUGCAAAGCCUUGCAGAUAGCUAAACGUCAGAGCUCUUCCGAAAGUAACCAUACUGUGAAUUUCUGAUGAUCCGCAUGUGAGUCGUGGGGUGGUCUGCGCGUGCAGCCCUGCCUCACCCCAGCCACACUGGGCUUAUUUCCAAAGAAAGGUGGCUUUCAGUGAGCCUUUCUUUGCAUUGACAAUCUUAAGCAAAUGAGAGCCGUUUAGAUAACACUUAACCCAGGUCUGCGCCAUAUAACAACAUACAACGACAGGGAAAGAGAAGUCUAAACUGAGCGCCGCAGCCCGUCGGCGGCCGCUCAGCUCCCCGCACCCCGCGCGCCUACGGGUAGAACGUAGUGCAUACCGUUUGCAACUGCGUAGAAUCCGAAACAUUUGAAACAGGGUUCUUGGUGUCCUCCUCCUCAACUGUCCAAACAGAAGUUCUGUCUACUUCAGGCCCAGGAGAGGCUCCAGCUCUUCCUCAGUUCGGGAGCCGCUCCUGGGAGCAAAGUCAUGCAACACUGAGCUGCUGCUCUUUCCAGACAAUGGGAUCUAAUACUGUCAUGGUGGUUUGUUUGUUUUUCUUUCUUUCUUCUUCUUUCUUUCUUCCUCUUUCUUUCUUUUUCUUUCCUUCCUUCCUUCCUUUUUUUUUUUCCCCAAGGCAUUUUAAACUCAGAGGUGGUGGUGAAGUCCACCUUGGUGUUCUCCACCCUGAGGUUAAAGCAGUGCCCAGACUUGGUCCAGGUGCGAGUCAGUGGGUCUCAGCGGGACCGUUCCUGCUUGGUGGGAGCCAAGAGUGGAACGUUCGGCACCUGAGAGUUUCUGACAUAUGUAUGGCUUCUGGAAAAGGUGCACACACAGUAAAGCCACCACUUCGAGUUUGUACAUGGAAGGCCUGCCAUCACAGAUACACACGAAAGCACUGUGACUGUCACUGUCAUCACAUACUGAUUUGGGACCUGGGUCCUGUGGUCUGUAGCCGACAUAAUCUUUUACUUGGCAAGAGCAGGAUUUUAUCACCUUGCUUCAGGGCAGAGGGGUGAGGACACAUUUCCAGAUGGACGGGAGAGUGUCUUCUUAUUCUCACCGGGUCAUGGCUCCCCAUCUGUUCUAGAUGCUUCUUAUUUAACCACCACUAAGCGAGGUCUACGUGUGCCUUUAGUCUCGCUAGGAGGUUUCUGCUGAUACUGUAAAUAUCUUUAAAACCUUUGGUUGACCACUGGAUAUACAGUAUGUUUUAAUGACUGUAGCCAAUUUUAUCUCUUUAAAUGAUUAUUUGUUUUCAUCCAUACAUGUUUCUAUUUUUUCACUUUUAGGGCAAAGUAAGAACUUGGUACUUUUCAUGUGAAAAUGCGUUCUAGCUUUCAGACUUCACAGAGCAGACAAUGUCAUCCAAGGCCCUUCAGUUAAUAGGAUGAGGACAUUUGUAAAUGAAAUAAUGCACACAGUUAAAUGUUGAGAUCCCAUUUUAAAAUCUGACUUUAUCAAUAUGGAACAACAUACACAGAUUUUUAUGGCUGUUUUCUUUUCUCCCAAGACUUUAUUUCUAGAUUUUCACAGAUUCUGUCUUACAUUCUUUACCUUUCACACCACCCUACUGGAGAGAGCGCGCUCUUACACUAAGAUCCUGUACUUUUUUAUAUGGACAAAGACGCCUUGCUUCCCUAGUUCUCAGUUAUAUUGUAACUCCUCUACUCGGUUUUCGCACUGCGGUUUGAAACCCUAGCGCUGCCCCGACUUCACCCAUCUGUGGUCUCCACGUGGCGUCCCGUGUCUUUCGCCUGCACUGCUCCUCGUGAGCGCAGAUGGAUGAGUCCUUUAUACCAGCCGGCGCUGCCCCUCAUUCAUGAUGCUUUUGUGGCUACGAUGUUUACGCAGCUCUUUAGGACAUUUCAGGGCCCAUGAAUCUCUGUAAGCACAUCAUGUACACACCCCCGUUAUUAAUACUAAGGGAUUUCCGCUGAGCUGCUGCCUUCUCCAGGAAUGCUGUGCGUGGGUCCUCUCGGAGGCCCUGCAGGGUGGAGGUCCCGUGUUCACUUUGCCUUGUGGAUGUCUGAGCCAAAGACCAUCCUGAUUAAGAAAUUGAGAGGCGGUGCCUCGGAUGUCACAUUUGUUCCUUGCUCUCUGAAUUGAAGUCCGUUGCCUAAUUUGGGGAACAGUUAUAAUGUCACAUGUUACAAGUUUUAAAAGCCUGAAAAAAUAGACUUUGCCUAUUCACAUUUUUGCCUCAGGUUGACGGUUUAUUUUAACCAGGAUUCUUGCGAUUGGAUCAGAGCUGCUGAGGACCAGCAGGGGCUCACUAGAGAACAUAAGCACAAUUUCAUCCCCACGAUUUCUGAUACCCACCCCAACACAGCCUCAUGUUCUAAAUGCUGCAGACAAGAAUCCUGCCGUGUCCCGCAGACGGCGCCCGAGAGUGGAGUCCUGGCCUGCUGUAGUUGGUCACGUCCAAGCCACCCAGUGUCCUGCCAGUCUGGGGACAUGUCACUGUCUUCAGAGAAGUGCCUCUCAUCUCUGGGAGUUGUUGACCUACAUGUUGUGUUUAAACCAACUUAAAUAAUCCAAGGUUUAAAAAAAAAA